AUGUCUUUUGAACAAACCUUUACUCCUAUAGAAGUUAUGCAAGAGAAUUUGGCAGUCUCAAAUGUAGAUGAGUCUAACGUUGUUGCUUCAAAUGGUCCGAAUGUAGAAAUUAAUUCAACUCCUAAUGAAAUUGAAAGUCCUAUUUCAUGUGAAGUUGACACUGAAGGUCUUAAAAGAAAGUUAACUUCUGAAGUUUGGAACCAUUUCAAAAGGCAAAAAAUAGAUGGAAAGUUGAAGGCCAUUUGUAACUAUUGUGGUGCAAAACUCUUGGGUGCUCCAAAACAAGGAACGUCACACUUAAAAUCACACAUUAAGUCUUGUCCACGUCGAACAAAUCGAGAUAUAAAGCAAGCUUUGAUAAAAACUGAACAAGUUGAUGGUCAAACUGUAAUGGUAGGUUCUUAUGCGUUUAACCAAGACAUAGCAAGGUAUGGUGUUGCUAAGAUGAUAAUUCUUCAUGAGUAUCCUCUAGCAAUGGUUGAACACAUUGGUUUUAGAGAAUUUUGUGCUUCUAUGCAACCUCUAUUUAAGGUGGUUUCUCGUAACACUAUCAAGAAUGACAUCAUAAAAAUUUAUAACGAUGAGAAAGAGAAUACCAUGAAGUUGUUGUCAAAGAAUCAAAGUGGUAUUGCAAUCACCAGUGAUAUGUGGACUUCAAGUAACCAGAAUAAAGGCUAUAUGACAAUUACAACUCACUUUAUUGAUGAUUCAUGGACCCUUCAAAGUCGACUUGUAAGGUUCAUUUAUGUUCCUGCUCCUCAUACUAGCAAAACUCUAGCUGAUACCUUGAUUCAAUCUUUGAUGGAUUGGAACCUAGAUACAAAGUUGUCCACAAUGACUGUUGAUAAUUUGUUCUACGAAUGA